AUGCAACGGACUACAAUAAAAGACGUCACUCCCGGCAAGGCCAACAAACAUCUUGUACGAAUACAAGAUCUAUGUAAUCGAAUUGGCACAACUGAAUCUCAGAUUCCUUGUAUCCUUAUCGACGAUGAUAACUUGGAAAUUGGGAAUAUACCAAUACUUGCUGCUGAUGAAGUUUCCGUCGGUGAUGAAGAUCUUCAUGGCGACCGACAUGUUUCGCGUGCAGAUCGAUUACAAAUUGAAAUGCGAAAUAUAUGGGUGUCACUAAUCUUGAUUUGGAAACUUAUCCGGGAGACGGUUAAAGAACAUUUGAUUUGA